GCUGACGGUAUUCGUGUUUAGAAGGCUGUAUAAGUAAAAUACAUGGCGUCUGAUAAAAUGGCCGGGUGAUUAUAAUUGCAGAUAAUUCAUGAGUGAUUGUUUCUUAUAGAAAAUUGUAAAUCUUAAAAUUUGUGUUGGUUUAAACUGCAAGCAAAUACAAGCCACUAGAAAAACAUCUUUAAGUUUUCUGUGGUUAUACUUGGGCUCUGUGAAGUGUUUGUUUACGUUUUGGAUCGUGUAUUUUGGGUAGACAACUUUAGCCGCGAAUCCGUGUUUUACGUCUUUUAUUUAUCUCUGUGUCAGAUUAUGAUCGAAAAUGGAGUGUUGUGUACAGUAAUAGAAAUAAUUACUGCUAAUGUCCUACCAAUUACAGACAUUGGUAUCACUUAUUUUAAUGACAGUAAGAUAUCGUAUUGCAAACGAAAUAUUUUAGGGUUUGGACAUGCUGCUGUUUUGAUGUAAAUUAUGACAGCUUUCAAUGAACACCAGUUCGAAAAGAAACUACAAUAUUUAAAAGACUCGCAGGAGAGCAUUCAGUCUCUGUCAUCAUGGUGCUUGCAACACAGGCAACAUCACAAGAAAAUAGUUUCAUCAUGGUUGCGUGUGAUGAAAAAAGUGAAGGUGGAGCACCGGCUGACCUUGUUCUACCUGGCCAACGACGUGAUCCAGUACAGCAAGCGCAAGAGCUACGAGUUUGUGGAGAGCUGGGGCACCGCGCUGCAGCGGGCGACCCCCAUGGUCAGGGAGGAGAAGGUGAAGCACAAGAUCCUGCGCAUAUUCAAGAUCUGGAACGACCGCGGGGUGUACGACGACUCGUUCGUGUCGGACCUGUGCGGGCUGCUCAGCACGCAGACCAAGAAGACUCAGCCCGAGCCGGCGCUCGUCGAGACCGAGUUCCAGUCGUCCGCGCUGUUCGACCUGAUCCGCAGCUGCUCGCAGCUGGACGAUGAGACGGACACGCGGCUGCGCAAGCUGAAGGAGAGCCCCAUCUCGGUCUGUGACGCCGACGGCAUCUGCACCAUCCUCAAAGACCGCCGGCAGGGGGACGACCUGGUGGUGGAGGUGGACGAGGGCAUCGGCAAGAUGCAGGCCUACGUCACCGCGCUCCAGCACGAGACCAAGAGGCGGGAGCAGCUGAUCGAGCAGCUCGAGCAGGCCCAGAUCUACUACAGCUCCCAGUACGGCGAGGCCAAGAUCGUCUGCAACGCGUACCGGAACUUUGGGAACCGAGUGAAGCAGCUGAAGCGGAAGCUGGACGAGCUGAUCCCGUCGCUGAAGGACGCGAGCCCGCUGCCGUCGCCCGACGUGAACGCCCCCUCCCCGUCCCCCGACUCGGACAUCGACCUGCCGGACGAGCGGAGCACCUUGAGAGGAGCUCUGGACGAGGAGGGCUUCACCCCCGAGGGCCGACCUCUUGGCACCACGGUGAUGGAUGACUCCCACUCCCUCGACAACUGCUUCACCAGCUUCCUGGGUAACGCUGCCUCCCUGCCCUUCGACCUGCAGAAGAACCUGUUUGGGGAGUCGAGUCCGCGCCUGGCGCUGACUCCGUCGCCCAUCCACAACCUGCUGGAGGAGUCCGGGGAGCUGCCCCUUCUGUCUCUCAGUUGCACCUCCGAGGGAAAACCCAUUGAGGUUAUCAGCUCCAGAUCAAAGCCAGAUGAAGGAUUUAGCAUCUCAGACUUCUUCAAGAAUCUAAGCACGAACAUUCCCGGUUUGGAUGUAGACGGAGCGGGGGACUCUCAGCCAUCUCCCGUCGUAACGAAGGAAGAUUCGUUCUCCUCGUUGCCAGGCAUCAUAGAUUCUAUUGCAUCACGCUAUGAUUACUCAUCCAUCGUGACAACCAGCAGCAGUAUUGAGCUGCCAGACGUGACAUCUCGCUACGAAUAUUCUGCCGUCAUCACGACUCCCAACACUAUACCACCCCUCCCCCCUCCUCCAGUGUCCGUCGUGGACUCGGUGUCACGCUACGAGUACUCUCCGAUCACCACGCCGCCCAAGCAAACGUACGAGUACCCGCCCGUCGUCAUGACUCCGUCAGUUCCUCCGCCCCCACCGGCAGCUGACGCGUCCCUUGCCCGGUACGACGAGUACACUCCCACCAUCUCCACCAGCACCAUUCAGGCAGCUGCAGUGGUGCCGGACGUGAGCGUACCCAGGUAUGACGAGUAUACGCCGGCCAUGACCACCCCUACCGUGCCCCCCUUGCCUGCGAAGAGCACCGGGCCUCGGUAUGAUGACUACUCGCCGGUGAUCACCAAGACCAGCAUCCCGCCACCCCUGGUGAAGAGCAGCGUGCAGCUGUACGAGGAAUACACUCCGGCGAUAACCACGACCAACGUCGCUCCUCCGCCGGUGAAGCAGUACGAGGGCUACUCCCCUACCGUGACUUCGGCGAGCACCAUGCAGCCUCCGCCUCCCAUCCCGGAGAUGAUGGAGUCGGCGGUGUCACGGUACGAGUAUCCUCCGGCCGUCACCACGCCCACCCCGCUCCAGCCACCCCCGCUCCCUCCGAACCUGUUCCCCCUGGAGAAGUACGGCCACGAGGAGGAGGCUGCAGCGUCGUGGAGCUCCAAGCUGCCCCCCAAGUUCCCCACGUGGGGGGACACGCCCGCGGAGUCGGAGUGGACCCCGGCCAUGCCGGCCAUGCCCCUGGACCUGGACACUCCGGAGAGCCCGCCCAUGUACGAGAAGGAGGGCUUCAGCGACCCGGUGGAGUACGACGAGGCGGGGGACGUGGACCACCGCACGCUGGUCACCUUGCAACUGAGCGACGUGGAUCACCGCAGCCUGCCUCUCGCGGGCAAGAAGGACGUGGACCACCGGCCUGCGGGCGUACGCAAGAAGGACGUCGACCAUCGCAAUCUCAUCAGCCUGACGGGCUCCCCGCUGCGGGACGUCCCCUGGGCCCGCGCCGACCAGGACUACCGCACGGUCUCCAGGCCCGAGGCGGACCGGGACUACCGCGUGCCCCGCCCGCUCGGCCAGGAGCUGCACGACAACGUGGAGAGCGUGGACAUGGAGCUGAGCGACGAGGAGCCUCUGGAGCCGGCCUCGCGGAGGGACUCCAAACCCCUCGUGUCCUUCAACAUCUCCAGUCCCUCCAAGGUGCUGCCCAGCUCUCCGCUGCGCGAGGACGACAGGCCGCGGGCUCCGUUCUUCCCGGCACAGAGGAUCCCCACCAUCGGGGGCAGCGCUAGGAACUUCCGUGGCAGGGGCGCUGGAGCCGCCAACAAUUUCACGAGGCCACCCCCCCUGCCCCGGGGAUUCAGACCUGCCCCGUUGGCUCCCCCGCCACCUCCGCCUCCUCAGUUCCUCAACAACACGGACAAGUUUAGAUCCCCGCCACCACCGCUUCAUUCUUCUCCGCAGGCGAUGAAACAUGCCUCCAACUUUUCCGGCCGGUCACCUGUCAAGAACAACUUCACUACGCAUACCAGAAAUUUUUUAACGCAACCCACAUCAACUGGGCCUCUUACUCCUACGAAAAACACAGCUCUGUCGUAUCCGAACGUUAAGUCUCUUCAGCAAGUGAAGCCUGUGUCAGCAGCUGGCAUGAAAACACCUGUCUCCACUGCAUCAACUCCCACUCAGACAGAGAGAACAUUGACUGAAGUGAAGGCACAACCUAUGCAGUCACCACAGGGCGUAGCUAAGCAAACUCCACAGCAGCAAAACAUGAAUAAAUCUUCCAGCACUGCGGUAGAAAUGCAGCGGUCCCAGUCUGAGACACAGAACAGCAAGGCACCUCCUGUGUCUCAGAACCCCACAACCGCUACCACCAACACAGUCACAGUUCCACAGUUAUCUGCACAGAGCAAUCCAAAAGCGGUAUCCACAUCUCCAGUGCAGAAUGCAACAAAGCAACCACCCCAGUCGCUACAGCUGGAUAAUAAACCUCAAGUUACAGCAAAGCCACCUCCUUUUGGCAAUAAACCUCUUCAAACUUCCACAACUCCUGUGCAGAUUACCACAAAGCCACCACCAUUCGUUAAUAAGCCACCAACAACUUCAUCUCCUGUUCAAGAUACCACAAAACCACCAACUCUUGUUACUAAGCAAACUUCAACACCCACACCUGUGCAAAAUGCUAUGAAGUCUCCAUCUUUUGGUAAUAAGCCACCUACAGUACCCACAUCUCCUGUGCAGAAUACCACGAAACCACCACCUUUCGGUAAUAAGCCACCUAUGGUAUCCACAUCUCCUGUGCAGAAUACCACACAACCACCACCUUUUGGUAAUAAGCCACCUACAGUACCCACAUCUCCUGUGCAGAAUACCACAAAACCACCACCUUUUGGUAAUAAGCCACCUACGGUAUCCACAUCUCCUGUGCAGAAUACCACGAAACCACCACCUUUUGGUAAUAGGCCACCUACAGUACCCACAUCUCCUGUGCAGAAUACCACGAAACCACCACCUUUUGGUAAUAAGCCACCUACAGUAUCCACAUCUCCUGUGCAGAAUACCACGAAACCACCACCUUUUGGUAAUAAGCCACCUACAGUAUCCACAUCUCCUGUGCAGAAUACCACGAAACCACCACUUUUUGGUAAUAAGCCACCUACAGUAUCCACAUCUCCUGUGCAGAAUACCACACAACCACAACCUUUUGGUAAUAAGCCACCUACAGUAUCCACAUCUCCUGUGCAGAAUACCACACAACCACCACCUUUUGGUAAUAAGCCACCUACGGUACCCACAUCUCCUGUGCAGAAUACCACGAAACCACCACCUUUUGGUAAUAAGCCACCUACAGUACCCACAUCUCCUGUGCAGAAUACCACGAAACCACCACCUUUUGGUAAUAAGCCACCUACAGUACCCACAUCUCCUGUGCAGAAUACCACGAAACCACCACCUUUUGGUAAUAAGCCACCUACAGUACCCACAUCUCCUGUGCAGAAUACCGCAAAACCACCACCUUUUGGUAAUAAGCCACCUACAGUACCCACAUCUGUGCAAAAUAUUACAAGGCCUCCUUUGUUAGGUAAUACACCACAUUCAGUGCCCACUUCUCCAGUGCAGAACACCAAUAGGCCACCUCUCUUAGGUAAUAAGCCACCUGCGGUGCCUGUUCCUCCCGUGCAGAGUACUCCAAGGCCUCCCCUGUUCGGUAACAAGCCAGCAGCAGUGCAGAGUACGUCGCAGCCAGCCCCGGACAGCGCCGGGACCGACGCCGCUGCCCAGGGCCCACCGCCACGGAGCGGCGAGGCAGGGCCCUCCCGGGGGCAGGGCGCCAGGCCGGCCAACUGCCGCGAGGCCAGGAGCGUCCCGCCGGCGUACGGGGGCCUCAAGCGGGAGCACGAGGACGAGCCGUGGAUGAACGACGAUAUUCCCGAGUUCGAGAGCCCGGACGUGGAGCCGCGGCCCAAAGUGCAGGGGCUGAGCAGGCCGCCCCGCGCGAGGGGGCGGGGCCAGCCGUACGCCCCGCGCGCUCGGGCGCCCCAGUGGCCGGGCCCGCCCCUCCUGCGCUUCCCCUACCGCCCGCCCCCUCCCCCGCCGCCCCCGCCCCCCCUGAUGGGCAUGCGGCCCCCGCGCGGCCCGUUCCGGCCGCCGUUCCGAGCCCGGCGCGGGCGCUGGUGAGCAGGCCGUUUCACACACUCUCAGAUCACUCUUCUCUGUCCGAUGCUUGUGUUCCCGCUUCACUAGCUUUAUACUGUGGUAUUCAGAUGUGUUUUUAGUGAAACUGUUUUUUUUUGUUGAUAAACCUGGAUAGCAAGUUUCACGUACAAAUUUUUUUUGUAGUUAAUUAAGUUUUAUGUUACAUUUACGCAGUUUACGUAUUGAUCUAUUGUGCAUAGUAAUGCUGUACAAAAACAACAGGUGUAAAUUCUUUUCAUGAGAGUGACUUGUAAAAGAGAAGUAUUUAGCAAAAAAAAAAAUAAGUUGUUUCAACAGCAGUGUAGUAACUACUUCGUUUUUUUUUUUUUAGGUCACGAUUUCAGCGCUGUGUGCCAGAGUGCAUUGUGGUAUUGAAAAUGAUAUAUAUGUAAUGUUUGAAAUGUGAAAAGUUGUUGAAAGAAAUUGACUGUUUAAAUUUUUUUUUUCAUUGUGUAAACUGUAUUUCAACAGAGUCUUAAGAUUAUACUGACACUUCUCAUUUGCUCGUUGAAAUAUGUACCACAAUUACCCUCAGAACUGUUUGUUCUACAAAGUUUUGCUUUACACCUGUAAUUUGCUAAAUGGAACUGUUGUUAUUUGAGGGUGACAGUUGUGCUCUUCGGUAACGUUUCUGUUAGGAUCAGAAACAUAAAUUGAUUCCUACUUUUUAUCUCUCUACACCGAGUCCAAACUUGAAUGCUAUCUUUUACGUAUAAAACAUUUUUUUAAAUGCCAAGCAACUUAGCUGUACCUUUAAAAAAGAACACUUAAAUUUUUCCAAAAUACCCAUAAUAUUGUUUUUAUUUACAACUUUGUUGCUAUCCUAGUUUUUAAUAUUUCAUAGCUUUGGUAUCGUUUAUUAAGGUUUUAUUGUUAUAUGUAGUGGCAUUGAUAUAAAUAAAUCUGAACAUUCAUUUUUUAAUUGCAAUUAGAAAUCAUGUUAAUAAAAGUCAUUUAAAUAAAAAAAAUUUGUGAAGAAAAAUUAAGGAGUUUAUAAACAAGGAAUUUGUUUCUAUUUCGUUAUUGCAAUAGUUUGGAAACAAUUACAUUAUAUUUUAAGAAACUCAUAAAACCAGGCAAACAGAAUUUUUAAAGCUUCAGUUUCAAUAAAUGUUGAGCAUGAUAUGCAUCUAAGUGUAUAGAGUGAUUUUGAGUAAAAUAUGCCCUUUAAUUAAAGAUCACCUGAAUUAAUAAUUGCAUUUGACUGCAAGAUAACCUCAAAUGGUAUAAAAAAACUUCGAAGCUGAGAAAAUCUACAAUUUAAGAAUACAACAUAAAUUUAAGGAAGACCUUAAAUAAAAGGAAGCUCGCAAAUAUAAGACCACUUCAACAUUUUAUAUCAGAAAAAAAAUUGUUUUCUGAAUUUCAUUGCUAUUUGAUUUGCAAUUUGUUAUUUUUCAUAUUUCUUUUUAUAAAUUUAGCACUAGUGUAUACAUACUGCAUAUGUAAAUUGAAUUAUAUUAUGUUUUAUUAUCAAUAUGUUUCAAAAUAGUGAGAGACUUUACUUUGUCCUGGAAUCGUGUUUCGUAGUGAGGUGAAGGGAACAAAGGACUAGUAUUCUUUUUUUUUUCUCAAGUUAUAUCAGUAUCUUCACAACCAAAUUAAAAUAACUACACAUACAAACUCUAAAAGCACGGAAUGUACUUCCUGUUUAAAAGAUUAUGAUUGAAAACUUAUUCAUUUGCGAGUACUCAACUGUAGCCCCCAUUGAUUUUAGGAAAAAAUGAUGGCUAAUAACGAAAACUCAAAUUGUCAUAUUUGUAACUGUAGUUUUUUUUGUUAGUUUAUGAGUUUGACCUUAUGCAUAAUUUUAAUUUUUGACAUGACAACACUUGGAUGAGAAUACUCCUGCAGAGCUUUUAUGGGACGUCAUGUGUACGUCGUCCCGGUCUCCGUUCUGAAGAUCUAAACUGGCCGACGGUCGAGCUCGCGCGAUGUUUUGGAGAGACGCCAUUGCUAGUGUGAACUGCAUGGCACAGAGAGAGCACGAAGAACAGAGCAAAGAAAGAUGAACACGCGAGCAUGCGGAAAACAAGCAGAAAUCGGUCAAUGUCAAAUGUCGGAUGUAAAGACAGCGCAGAGAACUCCGUGGAAGGAAUCGGUCGGAACAUCGUCACAACACGAUGGGCGACAAGGAUGAGACAUGCAGUGGACACUAGUAAUGAUGCGAGAAUCAUUCGAAGAACACAUCGACGUCUGGGUCGUGUCCUGGACGUUGCCGUGCUGCGAGAUGUGAAAGUGGUGGGGAGUAGAGAGGUAGGAGUUGUACUCCGGGAACAGAGACUGCGAUGAUUGUUGAAGUACUUGGCAACAACUGAGCGGUCUAUUGCACACGUUGCACCUUAAUUGGCUCUGAAGCACCCGUGAGUCUGGCAAGGGGUUAAGGGAGGGGGGUGUGGCAGCAGGCAGGCUCAGUUGGGUGCAAAUAGCGUUUCUUCCACAGUUAUUUUUCCAGAGAGGGCGAAUUAUUAUUUCGGAGGUACACCACUUAUUCUUAAAUGUCAUCAGCAGCACCUUAAAAUUACACAAUAGAUCUCGUUUUUACAAUGUAUGUAAUUAAUACCUGCUAUAAACAUAUUUUUCAAUCUUAUUUCAGACAUGCUUUUUCAGUUAGCCAAAACCAUUUGAUGGAAUUUAAACCAAGCUGUCCAUAAGGUGGGGAGGAUAGAUCCGUCCCGGAGAGCAAGCGUGGUUUGCGGGUUGCUGUGUGUGAUAGGUGUCAGCCGGGCGGUGGAUGUGGCAACACGUGCAUUGUUUGAACUAAUAUAACCAGGAAGAAAUGUGAAGUAAAGAUGCCAUCUUGGAUUCAACAGUUUUAUAAGAACCUUUAAAUUCACAUUUAUUUAACCUUCAGCACCGUGUCACUAUGUUGGCAAAGAUGAUCACAGAAAUUGAGAUUCGAAAAUAAAUGAAGCAUCAACAAUGCAACAGACUUUGCCAUGAAGAUAAAUGAGAAAAAAGUGGUUGAAAAUUGCCAAAGGGAAAGCAAUAAAAAAUAAAUAUGAUGAAAUUUGGAAAAGAAAAAAAAAAUGUCAAUCUUCUAACUGCCUUUUCCUGGAGGAUCCAUGUGCUGUAACUUCGAGCUCUAGGUCUACCAUCUCUGCGUUUUAGCGAACUGUAGUCAGAUAGGCAAACACACUUGUAUUCUUGUAUUAAUGUAGAUAACAAUACAAUAAUGGGGGUUCUACUAGACAUUGACGGUGCUCCGUGUGUUUCCUGUAUACCGCACUAGUCGACCAGUGACCUGUACAAUUAAAUAAAUACCAUUAGCAAUACACUCAGUUAUAUCCUUGUAAAUAUGCUCUAUAGCUGUUGUGAAUGAAAGUACAUUGAUGUCACCUCAGUCCUGCAGUAAGCACUCGUAAACUAAGCUGAGAAUCCAGACCCCCACAGAGUGCUUGGCAGAUGCAAAGUGCGUGUCACAGAAGACAAGUAGCUGGAUAGUUUUCCCGAGAUGCAGGUCUAAUUCAGCCAUCGCAAAAGCCCCAAAGUUUAUGCCUUAAACUGCUUUAAAUGUACUUCCUCUGGGGACUCCUGGUUCGGGGACCUCGUCCCGGAGGUGGUCCGCAACUCGCUCAUCAGGUGUACCGUGUACCCUAGCAGCACGGCUCGCCCGGGGAUUCCUGUGGGGCAGAUGAUAGUGGUCGGUCUGGCGCCUCUGAUGGCGCCUGCUUGUUCAGCCUCACUUCCCUGGGACUCGCUCGGGCCUUCCUUCAUUGGUGGUCCCACUGCUGCGUCUCUCACUGUCGCACCACAGACUGUUCACUGUUUCCUUCACCUUCGCAUGUUUAGAAAGGCUAUGUACAUAACACGGUGGUUAAGUUUGUACAAGCGUACGCCCUGUGAUUUUAAACUAUCUUUUCUGUUUGUAUGUCAUUGUAAUUUUUAGAAUUGUGUUUGGAAACUUAUUGGAAAUAGUUUCCACUUUUAUAAUGUAGAACAUGGAGAAGUCAAAUUAUUGAUUUAGAUAAAUACACUCAUACUAUUUACAAAGAGGUCAAACUUUAAAAUAUUUCUUCCAAGAGCUGGUAUUAUAAUUUUAAAUGUUAGCAUAAUGCUAAUUUGUUUGAAGAUCCUCAACAUAAAUGUAUUAUAUGAGUUUGUGAGCUUUUUUAAAGAUAUAAUAUACAAGACUGAAAUUAAUUGAAAUAAUGAGAAAUAGUGUUAAGCCGUUGUCAUUCAACCAACUGAUUACUGUUUGUCCAGUCCGCUCAACUUGUCAUGUACCUGCCACGUUGCUGCGACAGCUGAUGCUAGGUCUCGUAGUCCGUGCAGGCAAGAGCCGUGCUAGCUGGGUGAUGCCACUAGUGGCACUGGGGAUGUGGCGCGGCCCGAUGCCUCUCCGGAGGCCGAUGUCGCGACUAGCACUGGUCGCUUGGUGUCUCUCGAGUUGUGGCUACAGUUCGAACCGAGCCCCAGACAUUACUUAACUGAGAACCGGUCUCCAGCCAAGUGGCUCUUGGUCAUCUUGGAAGUGCGUGACCAGGUGACUAGCAUGUUUUAUGAAGCAAACGAUCACAUCAAAGAAAUGAUGCAUGUUUUACUAAUAUUUCUCCGAGGAAUAUUUUUCCUGACGCUGUAGUGAUUUGAGUGCAUUUCUAUAGAGAACAUGGGCAUCCUUGUGUGAUUACUAUGGCCCUUUAUAUAGAGAACGUGGAGUCCUCGUGUGAUUACUAGGGCCCAUCUGAAAUAUUUUUAAAACAUUUGUCUUAAUCAUCAACUUUCUCAUUUGCAAUACCAUUACAUAUUUAUUGUUUUAAUGUUCAGAAUACUUUUUUUUCCUUCUUUUUUCAGCUUUACAUGCAGAAAAAAUAAAAUUCAUUUGUGAUACUGAAUUUCUUUUGCAAUAAGGUGUGUACUGGGAAUAAGUGUGCAGUUAUUUCUGUGUAAUGUCGUGUGAGAGUCAUCACCCCCAGGGCAGUCUUCUCACAGUGAUCGCGACACCUCCUGGAAGACAGUAGUGCUCUCUAGCCUUGCAUCUCGCACAUGCCGCAAAGUAGUGAAACAUUUUAGACAAUUGAUAUUUGAUAGACAGUUGAUAUUUCCAGCUGCCAGAAGUCUUGUAUGAGAUGUCGUGCUGCGUGACUUUACUAUUCUCAAUAUUACGUCAAGUCUGCACACACACUGCUACUUGCAUUGCUGUGGCAUGGAAGGGGGUGGGAUCUAGCUAUUUUGUUAAUGAGUUGACUAGUUUGAGCCAGUGUUGUACCCUUGCAUCCACUCUACCUACCUCCCUGUGGUGACAUUCUGUGUCUGUCACACUUUAAGCAAGGUAGUGUGACCUGAUCUCACUCUUGUUUAUAAAAUUGCCAAGAUCCAGGACCUCUAGUUUAUAAAAUUGCCAAGUUCCAUGACCUCUUGUUUAUAAAACUGCCAAGUUCCAGGACUGCUUGUUUAUAAAAUUGCCAAGUUCCAGGACUGCUUGUUUAUAAAACAUCCAAAUUCCAGGACCUCUUGUUUAUAAAAUUGCCAAGAUCCGGACCUCUUGUUUAUAAAACUGCCAAGUUCCAUGACCUCUUGUUUAUAAAACUGCCAAGUUCCAUGACCUCUUGUUUAUAAAACUGCCAAGUUCCAUGACCUCUUGUUUAUAAAACUACCAAGUUCCAGGACUGCUUGUUUAUAAAAUUGCCAAGUUCCAGGACUGCUUGUUUAUAAAACUUCCAAAUUCCAGGACUGCUUGUUUAUAAAACUGCCAAGUUCCAUGACCUCUUGUUUAUAAAAUUGCCAAGUUCCAACACCUCUUGUUUAUAAAACUGCCAAGUUCCAACACCUCUUGUUCAUAAAACUGUCAAGUUCCAGGACUGCUUGUUUAUAAAACUGCCAAAUUCCAGGACUGCUUGUUUAUAAAACUGCCAAGUUCCAUGACCUCUUGUUUAUAAAACUGCCAAGUUCCAUGACCUCUUGUUUAUAAAACUGCCAAGUUCCAGGACCUCUUGUUUAUAAAAUUUCCAAGUUCCAUGACCUCUUGUUUAUAAAACUACCAAGUUCCAGGACUGCUUGUUUAUAAAACUGCCAAAUUCCAGGACUGCUUGUUUAUAAAACUGCCAUGUUCCAUGACCUCUUGUUUAUAAAACUGCCAAGUUCCAUGACCUCUUUAUUAUAAAAUUGCCAAGUUCCAUGACCUCUUGUUUAUAAAACUACCAAGUUCCAGGACUUUGUUUAUAAAACUGCCAAGUUCCAGGACUGCUUGUUUAUAAAACUGCCAAGUUCCAUGACCUCUUGUUUAUAAAACUGCCAAGUUCCAUGACCUCUUGUUUAUAAAACUGCCAAGUUCCAGGACUGCUUGUUUAUAAAACUGCCAAGAUUCAUGACCUCUUGUUUAUAAAACUGCCAAGUUCCAUGACCUCUUGUUUAUAAAACUGCCAAGUUUCAGGAGCAAAAUUGAACCAUUCUUAUUCCAAGCCUUCUCUAUACUAAAUGCCCCCAAGUUUACACCACUUCCUUGCCCCACGUGGCCGCAGACCUUGUGCGAGAUGCUUGUUUAUUUUACAGUUUUCACUUGUGCCGAAAUCACUGUAUGGUGAUGCUCAUUAUGGUCAAACUUUUUAUUUUACUUAUUGUAUCUUUUUUUUCCCCCCGGCAUCCAUACAUUGUCUUCCUGCUAUGAGAUAAAUAGAAACAGUUUCCUUGACCAUAUCUGUUACAAAAAUAUUUUUUGUUAUAUAGACUCUCAUAAAUUUGUGACGCUUUGUUUGUUGGGAACAGAUAAACAAAAUUUGUCGUGGCGAGAACGUAAAGUGGAAUAACAGCGAACGAGACUCAUUCUUCUCAUGUUUCAUGUCAGGUACUGGUAAGCACACUUUGUGGAAGAGUUUAAACUGCAGAUCAAAUGAAAAUGUUAUUUUAAUUCAAACAGGCACUGUUUAGUAGGACUUGAACAAAUUCUGCUGGCUCCUGUUGUAAUGGAGACACGUGAGGUUUUGUUAUCUGCUGUUGUUUGGAUCAGUACUUGAGAUGUAAAACAUGCAACAUACUCUUUCAGCUCACAAAGCUGUUUAUUUAUGGUGUGUUACGAUUAUUAACAUUCUCCCCUUAUUAUAUGGUUGGUCUAGCAGCAAAUAUUACAAAGUAACUAAUCCAAAAAACACCAGUACCUUAGGUGGGUCUUGGGUGCAUGUUGUCCAGGCUUUAAGGGGGUGCCUCCCAUUUCAGGUCAAGAUUUUAUGUUUACAGUAAUUUAAGAUAAACUUGUAGACUUUUUCAAUUGUUUAACUUUCACGAAAUGAAAAAUAUAUACAGCGCAUACUUUUUGCAUAAGCUGCCAAAGUAACUUUUAACAUUAUUGGGUUGUACAAAUAAGAAGAAUUUAAUUUAUUGCCAAAAUGAAACUUUUUAGGUUUAACUGCAAUGCCACUGGCUACUUCAGGAAAUGGUUUGAAUUUCUUGCAGAAAAAAUUAAUUAAUUUUACCUGGCAUUUCAAAAUUUUCAAAUUUGUUACGAUUUUUACAGCCAAGAAACAUGAAAUGAGUUUUUGUGAUAGAAAUGCAAACCAUAUCAUGAAGUAGCCAGUGGCAUUACAGUUAAACCUAAAAAGUUUCAGUUUUGCAAUAAAUUAAAUUCUCCUUAUGUGUACAACCCAAAAACUUUAAAAAUGUAACUUUGGCAGCUAAUUAUGCAAAAAGUAUGCUCUGUAUAUAUUUUUUCAUUUCGUGAAAGUUAAACAAUUGAAAAAGUUUACAAGUUUCUCAGUGAUUAAUAUAAAUAUAAAAUCAUGACCUGAAAUGGGAGGCAACAGCUACACUUACAAAACCAUACAAGCACCUAAAUUUUGUUGCUGGCUAUGGCACUAUAUGAAAUUUCUUCUACAUCGUAGUAGUAAUAAUAUUUUAGUUAAUGGGGAUUUAUUUAAGUUGAGACUCAUUUUUAAUAAAAUGUGUUAAAUAACUGCAAAGGGAACAUGAGAUCAAAUAGACAAAUUUUCAUGUGUAAACAGUGUUAAGUUAACAAUAAAUAGUUAAAUGUGACACAAAUUGGUAGUCAAACCACUAACUUAAUCUGCUUCUAAGUUAAUGAACGCUUUGGGACUUGAAAGGGAAACGCGUUAAUCCAGUUGCAAGCAGGUGAAGUUAAAAAAUUCUGUGAUCCAAUUACGUACUGUAUAUGCGAGGUAAUGUCUCAGUGACCGAACACACAACUGGAGCGUAGGAACAGGUAGCGAACAAGUAGGUUUGGAACCGGAAUAAAUAUCUGACCCCUAUGUACAACUAGCAAACUAAUUAUAUAUUUGAUUCAGAAAUGAUUCAACCUUAUAAACGAGGUGCCUAGCCAUACUAUCUUUGAAAGAUUUGUGCAAUGGGAGUGCAUGACUUGAUGUAAGCUUUUGGACAUACGCCAUUGCUAAGCACAUGUAUGUCUGUAAAAGAAAACUACAAAAAAAACCCAAAAGACAAAAACACAAAUUAAGCAAAAAAUUGCUGUUGUCAACAGGAUAUAACCACCACAUAAUAUUCCAUAACAGGGGUAUAAUAUAUAUUUGUAUAUAUGUAUAUAUGUGUGUAUAUAUGUAUGUACUAUUCCAUGUGGGUUUUUUUUUUUCAUUCUCUUAGUCGAUUUUUCUUUGUUUGUUGACCAUAUUCCUGUUAUGGAAUAUUAUGUGGUGGUUAUAUCCUGUUGACAACAGCAAUUUUUUGCUUAAUUUGUGUUUUUGUCUUUUGGGGUUUUUUGUAGUUUUCUUGUACAGACAUACAUGUGCUUAGCAAUGGCGUAUGUCCAAAAGCUUACAUCAAGCCUAGCCAUACCUCUGCUGAGGAUGUAGAGUUGCAAGGAACUAAUCUCGUGACUCACAGAGGUAGAGAAGGGAUUUAAAUCAUCGUUGCUCACAGAAUCUGGAGGCCAUGGGACCCACCAUGUUGCUAUGUGCUCCAAGCCACUUGGACCUCAGUCGGUGCUAAUAGACAUGAGUGAUUGUGGUUGGGGUGAUCGUCACCACGUCCUCAGGAGCACCUGUAGUGGCUGAUGCUGUCGCCUGGUGCGGAAGCCAGCUGCAAUCUUCUGUGUUUGGAAAAUAUUUCUUAUAUGCAAUGGGGAAAUGUUUAUAGAUAAAAUAAGUUUAUAAAACAGCAACAUUUUUUUUGCUGUUUAAAGAAGAUACAAUAAACAACUAUUUCCCUGUUAUAAAUAUUUUAUUGAUUUUUUAAAAAUUUUUAUUGGAAGUGAUUUGUGAAGAUACGUGAACCGUAUGUUUCCAGUUAAAAAAUUAGCAACUAUGUAUUUGUGCUACUGGUAGCCAACAAAUAAUAUUGACCUAAAUUUGCUAGGUGGUGAAAAUUACAGCGACCUUGAAUCGUGGAAAGUAAAACAAUUGAAAUAAGUGUUGCGUUACAUUAUGUUUAAACCGGUACAUAGCAAGAGCAGAGAUGGAUUCUCGUGCAUGUCUGCGCAAGUGAGGGUGAGGGCGUUCACUGCGUCGACGCCCGUCUUUGUCUUUGCGCUUGUCGUUGAACAUCUCCAUGACUCUCUGUGACCAAAGUAUUAGAAAUUGUUCUCUGUCAGUUUGGUUCUACUCGAUGCACAGUUGUCAAGGGCCCCGCCUACCCGGACACACUCGGUGUGUAGAGCUUCAGGAUAAACUGCGCGAUUUAUGAACUUCAGGUAUUCGAGCGGGGCCUGUUAAAAAAAAAAAACAUUUAAGGAUACACUGAGGGCAGAUGAGUGGUUCCGUUUCUGAAUUUUGUUCAUAAACUAUUUUUAGAAGAGUGAAGAUGGCUAAAAGAUUUGUUUUCAUAUGAUUUGUAGGCACGAAACUCCUGGUACAGAUUCUUGUAAGCACCGAAUGGCUUCAUUUCUCUACCGUGUAGUAUUAGUGUUGUUAUCUCAGUUGUCCUGUGCACGACGAGAAGACUGCGCGCCAGUCCAGAGGAGACACCGCGCUAGAAGCACCAGCGAGUGUCGCGCUUAUCAUCCUGCCUCGCUGACACACACACACCCCUGACGAGGCGGGCCCCUUAAGCUUAAUUUUAUGCAAGCAAUUUUUUGAACAUUACUUUGGUGGCGUGCAGAAAAUGUUCUUUUGAUUGUACUAUUAACUAAGAGGUACGUGUGAGCGUCUACAUAGACCAUUUGGACCUUCCAAUGCUUAGAGGUGUGUGGUUCUGUUCCAUUGCCUGACGACACCCACAACGUUGUACGAGCACUGGAGUUGUUCUGAGGGGGUAGCUAGUCCACUGUUUGUCCAGUAGAUCUCGUUUACUGUCGCCUGCUGUGUUGGUUUAUUUGCAUUUCAUGACAUUAUUUUCAAUGAAGGAUUCAUCACUUCAAAUAUAGUAGUUUUAUUGUAAAAUUUAGCUGCAUGUCUACUAAACACCACGUGAGUCCUGAAGGAAGUCAGGGUGUUCCUUGUUUGAAAAUGAAAUUAUGUUGACUGUCAUGUCGACGUAGUGGUUUUAGUUUAUCGUGUGGUCUUGGCAGCCGGGGAAGUAUGCAUGUAAAGCUCUCUGUAGUCUCAUAUUUAAUAUUCUUGAAGCAGUUGAAGAAAGUAACAGACCAAGGCUACCGUGUAGGAGAGUCACAAGGCGUGGCCACAGCUCUGACAUCAUACUGCAGAGAAACUCUCAUUUGGAAAUUGUGUUGCACUUGAGAAAUAUAGUGUCUGGCAGUCAGUCUUGUGAAUGACUGAUGUAGCACUGUUGCACACGACACCAUCACACCGGACCAAUAGCACAGUACAGUGUGUGUGAUGAUACUCCCAGAAGUGACCCAGCCGUUUCAGUGAGGACAAUCAAACAGCUAGUAACUACUGAUUUAAAGCUAUUUAAAUUGCUUUGGCCUUCUCCUCUGAUGGAUGUCUGUGGCCUCAAAUGUCAUCUGUUAUCGUUCUUACUGCCGCAGGAGUCUCCGUGCUCGCUGAUGACUGGUGGGCCCAACUUUUGAGCUCUUCUGUAUAACUUCUCUCUGUUCCCAGCGCACGCGGAACAGACACGCCUGUUUUACACUCUCAUGGUUUGGGUGUUGCUCUACUUGGAUGACAAUAACACAUAAAAUUUUAUUUUUAAACCAACUAAUGCCCAGCAUAUGUUGCAAUGCCUCAAUCAAUUAUUUUUGUAAUUUGUUUGAAGUAGGUACACACAUACAAAAUAUCCUUCUCUCUAUCUCUCUCUAUAUCUACAUCUAUCUACCUAUCUUUAUAUACCUUUACAUCUCUAGAUAUGUAUAGCAAUGAAAAUAUUAAAAAUCCAUGUUUUUACCUAUAUAUUUUAUCUGUGCUCCUACCUGUCACAGGUGUGACAUACGUAAAUUUAAAAAAAAUGCGCGUAUUCAAAUGCAAUGUUGCGUCAAAAUUUCAAAGCAAUCGGUGAAGAACUUUUCGAUAUUUAAGAUUUGGAAGGGGAAUGAACAUUUAUAGUUUUGUUUAUAUAGAUACAGUUACUGCCUUGAUAUGUAAACAUCUGUACAGGUGUGCAAUACGUCAGAGGUGUCGGCUGGUGUUCAGGGACCUCGUCGCCGCGGUGCUUCGUGCGAAGCUGGUUGAGAUGCACGUAAAGAUGCGUGCCUGCUGUGCAGUGUAACUCCUUCGCUCCUCUGUGCGUGCGAGCCUCGGUGCGUAGUCCGCAGCUCGGUUGCAGGUUUGUCGAGACGCGGGACUGUGUUCAGGCGGUCGGGCGAGGCUCCAGCCGGGAGAUAGCCUCUGUGCACUCUCUCACGAUAGGAGCGCGCCGGGAGACGAGCCAGCAGACGUACUCAGCAUGCCGAGAAACUUCUCACGUCGUCGUGCGGCGACUUCAAUUUGUCGGCUCACAACCAACAUUGAGGUGAUUUGUUGCAUUGUCCGGCGAAAGGCAUUCCGUGGCUCUGCACAUUCCGUAAUCCGACAUCAAUUUGAGCCGCUUGCGUUUUGAUUUUCCCCGGUGGAUUCCGGCCUGUGACCUCUACUGCCGAGUCGCAUUCCUGCACCGACAGCGUUUCUAGUUUGCUCAGUUUAUUCUCACUGUUGGUUUCCAUUUCAGUUCAGUGUUUCCUGUUUUCUGGUGUGUUACUUUUCACAUUUUGUAUUCCAGUUGACAGCAUAUUGAUGUCUACUAAUGUGGCGACCGUGGUUCUGUAUUUGGAUGAAGGAAGUAGUGUUUCUGCCGUGUGUUUUAAAAGGAACUGCUUGGAUGAGUCAGUCCCACAGGCGUGUGGGCCAAGAAGCAGUGGUGGGUCUUCGGUAGAAGAACUGCAGAUUUGUUCAGUGACUAAUUAGGAACAUUAUUUUAUAUCUUUUUCACGCCUGUAUUCAAGUUAACAAUUUUUUUUUCAUGCUGUUUUUAGAAUGUAAUUUUGGACAGUGAAAAAGGCCAAAAAUAUUUUUGUACAGUUGUUUUAAAUUUUGAGUUAUGAACUGGUACAUAAAAUUUGAAAGGUUUAAAUUGUACGCAGUCUAAUUCAAUGUCUCUUGUACCACCACAAAAUGAAAAUUUCACCGUCAUGUUUCACUUUGAGGUUGGGUGCCAACAAUAAGUAGGCGGGGUAAGUCGAACUCGAACAGGCUUCGAGGCACAGUAGUGAUGAAGAGCCACUGGGAAUUAAGGCUUAAGAAAUUAAAUGUCUUGAAAGAUGUCACCCAAACUAGUGUGGUGGCCCCCCCCCCUCCCCCCUUUUUUUUUUAAAUUUUGUCGAUGGUUGUAUGGGUCCUCUGUACUAACAUGCGCUUCAAAUACACUGUAAGUGAUUUCUUUAAAAAUAUUUCAAUUCCAUCUGUCAACUAUGUUGUUAUAACUUGAUGCACAUAAAAGUUUCAAUUUUGAAGUAGUUUUUAUUAUUCCUUGCAAAAUUAAUAAUUAUUAGUAAACCGUUUGUAUUAAUUUUGUGUUCUAAUACAAAUAUAUUUAUUUAUAAAAAAAAACAUUUAUUAGCAGUUUGCAUAUUAAAAUAUGAAAAAAUUAAAUUAAUAUUAAAUAAUUAAUUAAUAAUAGCAUUUUUUUAAAGAUACAAAUGUCAUAUUAUUGGAGUGUACAUUAAAAUGUACAAUUUUGUACAUUAUUUUUUAUUACCAAACCAAAAUACAUUUGUGUUAUUUUUAUAACAAAUGACUUAAGGGAUGUUAAAAAAAAUAUCCAUUUUCCAGACUUGGGCAUCAUUGUGUUCAGGUGUGCAGUUAGUGGCUUGCGGGCACUGAUAGUAGUGAGCGUGUAGUUUCAAAGUUUAAUGUAUUUUGUGAAGUGUUGAAGUUGAUCAGUGCAGAUGACAUAGUUUCAUAAAUGUUCAAUUGAAUGUUUUUGAGAUAUGGUAGGCCUAUGUCUCGGAAGAGACUUCCAAACUGGUCUAAAGCUAAAUUUAC